AUGUCUCUCCCCGACGGGCUCGACCCCCAGGCCCAGGAGAGCCAGUACGUCCACGAUGUCUAUAACGAAAUCGCCCCGCAUUUCCUGUCGACUCGGUAUAAGCCGUGGCCGGUCGUGGAGAAGUUUUUAAAAGAGCAAACCCCCGGUUCAGUGGGUAUCGAUGUUGGCUGUGGCAACGGCAAGUACUUGGGAGUCAACCCCGAAGUGUUCAUGAUUGGUAGCGACCACCUGGACGGGCUUGUCACCUGUGCCCAGGGGAUCAAUGCCAACUACAAUCUUGCCAUUGCCGAUGGGCUUGCGUUGCCCCACGCCGACGACCGGUUUGAUUUCGCCAUCUCCAUCGCGGUGAUCCACCACUUUUCCACUCCCGAACGGCGACAGCAGGCCAUCGGCCACAUCCUCAGCAAAGUGAGAAAAGGCGGUCGCUUUUUGGUGUACUGCUGGGCUCUAGAACAGGAGAAGCUGCGACGGGGCUACAAGGAGGGCGACAGCCAGGACUUGUUGGUGCCGUGGGUUUUUAGACAAAAGGACAAGCCCGACGAGACCAAGUACCGCUACUACCAUCUCUAUAAGAAGGGGGAGCUUGUGGCCGACUGCGAGGCUACCGGACAGUGUAAGUUGGUCGAAGAGGGCUACGACCGCGACAACUGGUGGGCGGUGGUGGAACGGGUUUAA